AUCUUCUAUACUUACGAGGUUGACAAAGCUCCAGCCUCAGCUCAAGUGGGGUAAAAGACGACAAAGCUGAAAUGCCUUCACUGUAAACACGGUUGAAGAACUGUAAGUAAACGGACCUCUCUCUGUAUCCUUAGUUCCUGACAGUACCAACAACCAUGUCGUGCCGGGACAUCCAUGCCACCAACGCUUUUGCCUUCAUCCUCGCUAUCGUGUCAGUGGGAGGUCUUGCUGUGGCAGCAGUACUCCCACAGUGGCGUGUAACAAGACUCGUCACCUUCAAUCGCAAUGCCAAGAAUGUCAGUGUUUAUGAUGGACUCUGGUCUAAAUGUGUAAAACAAGAUGGCUAUUCUGGAUGCUACUACUAUGAUUCAGAGUGGUACUCUAAAGUGGACCAGCUCGACCUGCGGCUCCUGCAGUUCUGUCUGCCUGCUGGAUUGUUCUUCGGCUCUCUAGCUUUGCUACUGUGCAUGACUGGGAUGUGUAAGACCUGCUGCUGCUCAGACAAACCUGAACCAGACAUUAAGACUAUCAGGUUCCUGGUUAACAGUGCAGGCUGUCACCUGGUGGCUGCGAUGUUCUUGUUCCUGGGUGGAGCCAUCGCCAUGGCACCCUCAGUGUGGUUCCUGUUCCACACUAAGCAGCUCAACAUCAGAUAUGUCAAUAUUUUUACAGACGGGUUUGCAGUAUAUAUGUCAAUCGGCUGCUCUGGAGGACUAAUGCUGGCGUCUCUGCUGAUGUCCAUGUGGUAUUGUAUGUGUAAGAAGUUACCUUCACCCUUCUGGUUGCCUCUGUCCUCCAUGCCGACCUCUCCAUCCACCCAACCUCUCACUGCUAAUGGAUAUCCUCCCUCCCCAGUGUAUGGCCCUCAGCCCUUCCCUCCACAGACUUACCCUCCCACAGUCAUCGACGCACAGGCUUAUUUGCCAGCCCAGGGUUAUGCACAGAGUAUGGUUGCCCCUGCGCCACCACAGGUGUACAUGUCUCAGAUGUCUGCCCCAGAUGGGUAUGGCUCAGAGGUAGGGGUACACCAGGCCUACAGCUAUGCCCCCUCUCAGAGCUAUGCCCCCUCUCAGAUCUAUGCUCCCUCACAGAGUUAUGCGGCUUCACAAAGCUAUGCUCCCUCUCAGGGCUAUGCCACCAGCUAUGCAGGCCACCGCAACUCCAGCCGCUCGCGGAUGUCUGCCAUUGAGAUUGACAUUCCUGUGCUGACACAGGGAGAAUAAGAGGCGAGAAAACCUCAGCACGUUGAGGUGUUUAACCUCAUUUAGUUCACCACUAAUAAAACUAAACUAAACACUAAUAAGUGUUUUUAGAUGGAAGUUAAUAAGCAUUUUACAAUCUCAAAAUUUUAGAGUGCUGAGAGUGUAUUCACUCCAUGUCUGUCUGUUAGUUUAAGAUAAAAAAAAAUAUGUUACAUGUCACCUGGAAGUACUAAAUACAUGAAGGAUAAUUUCUUUGAAAAAAAAGGGAAAUAAAAGAAGGAAAACUUGAGCACUGGGGCAAACAACACUAUAUUAAGCUUAGCAUUGUUUGAAAUGGAAGAAAAUAAUUUGCAGCCAGAAUCACUACUUUUUUUCUACUACUGUACUAGAUUUUCCUCACCCACUUUUAGGUGACCAGUGGACCAACUUACAAGUAAGAACUUAAAAGAGUCACUAGCAUUAGGUCAGUGACUUUAUAUAUUUAUAUACCCUUACUAUGCUUUUGUAUUAUUUAAGCCCUUACGGUUGCUGCCAAAAUAGUAUUUUUCGGUUACAAAUAUAUGUUGAACACAUCAUGUCAUUGAAGUCCACUUGGACAUGCAGGUUUUCUGUUAUCACAACAGAACAAACUGUAAUUACUUUUAUACUAUUUGUUUUUAUCAGUAGAUGCAUACUAACUCACUCUAAUUUUUAAUGCACUAAUUAUGUGAAUGCUGUGCCACUUUCCAUUAUCUUAGUUCACUGAUUUUGGUUACAUGUAUGGCCUUUAAUCUAUUACUUGUUUGUUGCAGCAUGUAAAAACUAAAUCUGGUUGCUGUGUUAAAUGUAUUGUACUAUGAAGAUUUUGAUUUGCAUUUUUAUAAUGAAGUAACAAUAACAGGAAUGAGAAUGCAGUUCAGUGGCUCAGCGGGACAGAUUAUGGUGAACUGAUGAACUGUAAAAAGCAGUUGGAUAGCU